AUGCCUGCGCUGGGUUGGCGGCCAUCGCAAGUUGCACGAACGGCUCCUGUGGCUCCUUUGCAUGUACGUCAUCUAAUUACUGCUGCGAAUGUCAAUUUGGUCGAACCAGCGGGCUAUGCAAAGAUGGAUGCAGUCCAGGAUUUACUUGCUCUGGCAAUAAUUACUGCUGUCCUUCGUGUCCAAGCGGACAUUGUAUCGAAACAUUUCAAAACGAAACUAUUUUAUAAAAGGGCUUCUCGAUUCAGUGUAAAGACUGACUGCAACUUUUAG